AUGGACCGCUUCCUCGGCACUAUCGUGGAUGACGAGAACGGCGCCAGCUGCAACUACGCCAACAAUGAGGGUCACGACUCCAUACAACUAUUUCUGAAGACGGACGAGCUGGCCGACGUUUUGGGCGGGAUAGGCGAUGAGAAUGGACACGCUGAAGUGGAAUCGCGAGGCAGCGACGUGCAGGCAGACACAAAACGCUUUCCUACCUUCAACACCUACACAGGCCCCUUUUCUCAGUCGCUGACAAGCAACACCUCCGAUCGGCAAGUGCUGGGUAGCUGCGGAAAGGGUGGGAACACCUACGACACGGGCGCUUGGAUAACUGACCCCGCCACAUCCAUUGCCUCCAUGACGGCGCCUAACGUGACGACCCCGACGGGAUCCCCCAUCGCCACCAAGACAUUAGAGGCGGGCGCAGUAAUGCCGGCGAAGGUGUCAACUGCGGUCACACCGAUCUCCACACGGAAUACAGUGGCAACAAAUUCUCAGUCAGCAUCGACGACGGGUGACACUGUGCGACUCUCGGUGCGUAACAACGUGUACGUCAGUGAACUUCCACCACACUGGAACACGGAAAAACUGCGCAGCGUAUGUAGUUCUUUUGGAACUAUCAUUUCUGCCAAGGUGGUGCAUGACGGGGCAACCAACAAAUCCCGCGAAUACGGCUUUGUGAUGUUUGAAACUGAGGAGCAAGCAACCUUGUGUGUGGAAUCCCUUAAUAACUGUUCUAUGGCUGGAAAGAUUUUGGCGUGCCGCCUGGCACAUGAAAGGGCAAUGCCUUCUUUUGCCCACGUUGAGAGUGUUUCGUGGAGUCCUUGUACCACCGCUAAUGUCACUCCCUCCAUGGGCUUUAUUACUCCGCAAGAAGCCUCUUUGGAAUCGUCGCGUCCGUGCAAUUCGGAGUCCUUCGAGGCAUCCUGCCCAAUCUCACAAACUGGGCAAGGCAACAGUGCGCUUGAGCAAAGCGCGCCUUCAGGCUUGCGUAAAAGUCGCAAUGUGUUCAUUCAAGGAUUACCCCUGCACUGGAAUACGGACAAACUACGUGGGCUGUGUGGCACGUGCGGAAAAGUCCUACGGGCCAAAGUGGUACGUGAUGCAACAACGAGCCUGCCAUGUGGUCAUGGAUUUGUGUUGUUUGAGACGGAACAAAUGGCGACUGUCUGUGUUGUGACUCUGAAUGGAUUUGUUGUUGAGGGGCGUACACUGGCGUGUCGUUUGGCGCAUGAAAAGCGAACCCCACCACACGUUUCCCCGUUGAAUAAUGACGGCCUCACAGCAACGCCAGGGAUGCAGCCACUGUCUUCCUCUGAACGAACCUCUGUAGUCACCGACCCACUUGUUACCCCCACAGCAAAUUUUUUGUCACCCGUCGGAAUCGUCGAUGCGAGCACCGCUCAGUCAAACAUUGCCUUCAUGCCUCUUUCAAACUACGGCAAGUGGCCCGCAGUUGGCAUGGUUCCUAGUGACACAGGGGGUGGUCUCUUGCAGGCGCUGUCGUACACAGCUAUGACGGCUCCCUCCUCGUUUCUCGGUCAAGCCACCAUGGCGACUCCGCAAUCCUACUCGGCAUUCCCAUCGCCAGGGGCCAUUCCGGGUUUAUCGGCGCAGCACGCGGAAUACAAUAUGGUUCCAAGCAUGGAACAUCAGUUUACACCGCUUCCAGGUAUUCCAAACACUUACAUAAUUGCAAUGCCGUGCGCUUCCCCGGGGAUGGGACGGGUCUCGGGUUCCUCUGCUUCCACGAUGGCCGUCGCCACAACCGCCUUGCCGUUGUCAAUGGCAACAAUCGGCGCCCAAACGGCGGACCUGUCCGUCGUAUCCUCGGAGCUCAUGCGAGGCUACCUUGGACCCCCCUGA